CUGAUACAGGAAGUACACAUACGAAUAUAAGGGAGAGUUAGAUAACUGAAUUCAUCAUCCUAUAUAGAUACAAUAAGCGUGUCUACAACACUGUUAAGAAUCAGUUUAAACAUAUCUACAACCGAGCACAUUCUAUCAUCAUGGGAAGAGUACACAUCAGUCCGCUGGAGUUUGACACCACCCCUGGAGUCCUGGGAGCUGCGAUCAAGGAAGUGACUGGGAACGACGUCAAUCCAGAGGAUAUUAUGAUGAAGGAUGGCUAUGCCUUCGUAGAUUUCGCAACAGAUGCAGAGGCGCUACUGUGCCGAAAGAACUUCAGGUCCAUCCACGGUCGCAAGUUCAGCAUCACAGUUAUCCGCACACGAGCUAUGACUAAACAGGUUGAGAAGCGCAGGAAAGACACAGCCGAGGACGGCGAAGAGAGGUUACAAAAGAUGACAGAUGCCGUAAAAACCCUCCUUGAGUGUGUGGGCGAAGACCCCGAACGAGAAGGCUUAUUAGACACUCCCGGACGUAUGGCCAAAGCCAUGCUCUUCUUCACCAAAGGCUAUCAAAUAUUCCCACGCGAAGUGGCCAACAACGCAGUGUUUGAAGAAGACCACGAGGAUAUGGUCAUUGUCAAGAAUAUAGAGAUAUACUCAAUGUGCGAGCACCACAUGGUACCGUUUACUGGUAAGGUUAGCAUAGGUUACAUUCCGGACAAGAAGGUGCUUGGGCUGAGCAAGGUGGCUCGCAUUGCCGAGGUCUUCAGCAGACGAUUGCAGGUUCAAGAAAGAUUAACAAAAGAAAUUGCGUGUGCCAUCAUGGAUACGAUCGAACCAAGGGGCGUGGCUGUGGUGAUGGAAGCCAGCCAUCUUUGCAUGGUAAUGCGUGGCGUGGAGAAGGCGCACUCGUCUACCAUUACGAGUGUGAUGCUGGGCUGCUUCCGGGAGGACAGUAAAACGCGCGAGGAGUUCCUGUCGCUCAUUAAAUAGGUUUAAAGCUUGAUAUAUAGGAGUAAUAUUUAACUAAUAAUGGCACUCAUAAAAUAGCAUCUAGAAGUUGAGAAUAGAAGUGAGAGACAUUAAACCCUUAACCAAUCCGAUCUGACUAGUAUCGGAAUUUAUUGGUGCAGGUUUUGUUUGAGCGGGCGCGGUUUAUUGAUGGUAGAUUGAGUGUUAUUGUGAUAUUGUCAUGAUAUUAAAGGUUUUCUUUGAGAAUAUGCAAUCGACAGGUUCGUUUGCGGCUAGCAUUCGCCUUCUGCAUCACAUUCAUCACCCUACUCCUCGACAGAAUAGAUAAUUAGCUGGAAAUUGGGGUGUUUUGACUCUUAACAAACAUCUGGCAAGUCCUUAAAUCGAGUAGCAUACUCGAUUUAGGUUCACAUGUCGAGUAACCAACAUGCAUACCAGCCGUGUACCCUGCCUUUAUC